AUGGGACGUGAGGAGCAUGGAAGGACUUGGCGCAUGGACGCAGCUCAACUGGAUACGCAAAGGAAGAAGGAGGAAGCCAUCUUGAAGACCAGCUCGACCAUCUACUCGACCAACCGGUCGAGUUCCUCAACUCGACCGGCCAAGCUUCAACUCGAUCGAGCUGAGAAGUGUAUGCGAACUCGAUCGAGUCGGUCUACAGAGGACUUGGUCGAGCUAGACUUUACAACGGGUAGAAAGAGGGUUCAGAGUUCACAAAGGGUACAAGAGGAACCUGAGGAUGCCAUCAAGUUGAGACUCUUCCCUAUGUCUCUGCUGACAAAGCUCACCAAUGGGAGAAGAGCUUGCCCCAUGGCACAAUCACCACUUGGGAUGAAUGCAAGAAGGCCUUUCUUGCUAAGUUUUUCUCCACCGGUCGCACAGCCAAGCUAA